UAGCUGCCGCUUCUGCUUCACCAACUAAGCAAAAAAAGCUCAUUUAAAACUUCACGGAUCUUCGGUGAGCGAUCAUCACAAAUCCCAGAGAAGACGAACACAGAAAAUCUCAGUUGAAUCAAUAACCCUUUUCUUCAUUCUCUCUGUUGCUGCCGCUUUUUACCAGUUAAUUACUAUGUCUGGUAAUCAAGAACCAAUCUUGGUGAAGGAAGAGAGCGUGGAAGGUAUUCCAUCUCCACUCUUGAAACUCAAAAGCUGGCAAUGGUGGGCUCUUGUGUCCAUCAACAUCUUCUUUCUCAUUGGUGGUCAAGCUGCUUCCGUCCUUCUUGGUAGGUUUUACUACGAUCAAGGUGGAAACAGCAAAUGGAUGGCCACUCUUGUUCAAACCGCUGCUUUCCCCAUCCUCUACAUCCCUCUUCUCCUCCUUCCUUCUUCUUCUUCAGACCCUGCUUCUUGCUCCCUUAAAACCAUCGUCUUAAUCUAUGUUCUGCUCGGUGUCAUUAUCGCUGGAGACAACAUGCUCUACUCUGUUGGACUUCUCUACCUCUCUGCAUCGACUUAUUCACUCAUCUGCGCUACCCAGUUAGCUUUUAAUGCAGUCUUCUCUUAUUUCAUCAAUGCACAGAAGUUCACUGCUUUGAUUCUCAACUCAGUUGUGCUCCUCUCCUUCUCUGCUGCUUUGAUUGCGCUUAACGACGACGCGGACGCCCCUUCUGGUGUCUCUAGGUCCAAGUACAUUGUUGGGUUCGUGUGUACCCUCGCUGCAUCGGCUCUCUACUCUCUACUGCUCUCCCUCAUGCAGUUCUCCUUUGAGAAGAUUCUGAAGAAAGAGACGUUUUCAGUGGUUCUCGAGAUGCAAAUCUACACUUGUCUAGUGGCGACCUGUGUCGCGGUUAUCGGGCUUUUUGCUAGCGGGGAGUGGAGAACGCUGCACGGAGAAAUGGAAGGGUAUCAUAAAGGUAAAGCCUCUUAUGUACUGACUCUGGUUGGGACAGCAGUUACAUGGCAAGUGUGUUCUGUAGGAGUUGUGGGUUUGAUAUUUCUGGUGACGUCGCUCUUCUCAAACGUUAUUAGUACGCUCUCUUUGGCUGUGACACCACUCGCGGCUUUGGCUGUGUUCCAUGAUAAGAUGAGUGGGGUUAAGGUUAUGGCGAUGCUGAUCGCUCUUUGGGGUUUCUCUUCUUAUGUUUACCAGAAUCAUCUCGAUGACUUGAAAGUAAGACGAGCUAGAAAACAAGCUCAAACAGGGCAGAACCGAACCGGCGCGUGUUGA